GUCGCUCUCGCUAAGGUCGCUUCACUCAUAUUUCAUUUCGAUUAGAAAACGUAAAUAACAAUUUAUAAUUUUCUUUUCAAAGUGCAGAGUAUAUUUCACUAGUUAACAUGGAUUAGAAGUGAUAGUGAUCAGAAAGUGUCAACAUGGCUGUAUCCGCGCAGCGGGACCUUGUGAGCUCGAUGAAAACAGAAACAUUCUUGAAUGUUUCCGUUAUCAGCAAGUUACAUCCUCUGCCUUCUGAUUUGAAGAAAUUAUUCAAUAAAGAUGCUUUGGAGAAGCUCACACAGAAUGUGUUUAAUCCUCUUUCGUAUUAUUUAGUUUCUAUUGUGGACCCAGGAAAAGCGUCAUCAUUUUCAUGGCCUUUGUAUGACAGUAAGUCUGAAAGAGCUUAUAGAAACGAGCUUUCAAGCUUUAUAGCAGAUUACAGCGGUAAACGCUUGCUUUCUCCGGUAAUGUCAUCGUAUUUAGUGAAUCCAGCGUGUUACAAAGUGACUCUGUUUAUGUUUCAACUAUCCCAAUUGGCUGUACAGUCCACACUCAACUCCAUGAUAAAGAAGGACCAACAGAAAAAACUGUACGCUGAAGUGACCGAAAAAUACAAAUCUCAAGAUCAAGAAGGUUUUACGCAAGUUAUUGAGAAACAAGAUGAAGUUGUUUUGCUGAAGUUAUCAAAUUAUUUAGAAAAGAGGAAGAAUUAUGAAAGAAUAGCAGAGUUAUUUCGAAAUAGGAUUACUUCAAUGGAGGAUAAAUUGACUAAAUUAAAACCUCAGGAAAAAGUUGCAAGUUUAGUGGAUAGCUUUGUAAAAGAUAACCAAAUAGAUGAAGAAACUAAAGCAAGUAUUUUAGAGAUAAAGAACUUUAACAAGCCUGCCCAAUACUUCAGCAAGAGGCUUGAAGAUAUUGAUUUGGAACUGGAUAGCUUAGAAACAGAAUGGAACACAAAAAUGACACCAAUCAUAAAGUCAGCAUCAAAAACAAUGGAAUUAAGUAAAGAGUUAAUAGAACGACAAACUGGAGAGGCAGAUAAAAACUCUUUCAUACUUGAAUAUAAUCCGAAUACUGAUGAAAUUUGUACAAAAGUGUUACAAGAAAAAGUGAACACCCAGCAGAAAUAUAUACUUAAAAAUAUAGUGAAAAAUGACCGGCUAAAUUUCCCAAACUUAAUUCGAGGUUACAUAGUGGCAGUGAGUUACAUUUUCAAGAACAGACAGAUUGGGGAUGAGAUAGUUGGGUUUAAUAAGUACUUGGAACAGAGUAAUAUGAGUUAUUCGGAGAUGGUCGAGGCAAUGAGAGCUUUGAUCGAACGAUUGAGAAAUGCUGAUGCUCGUUUGGAGCCAUCACCGCUAUCAUUCAACCAGUCAAUAUCAAUAAAAGACAUCAACGAAAUACCACCACUAUCUGAUCUCUCGUAUCUUUCUAUGAAAAGGGACAACAACACAUGCCUCGACAUGUUCACUCCUCUCGGGGCAACCAAACAUCACUUCAACUUAAGAAGAACUAACACAACAUCCUUCAUUAAACCGCAGAACAGAUCCUUAAUAUACCAAGCACCGAGAGACGAUUUCCUGAAGAACUUCAUAUCAGGUCCUUAUGAGCGUCAGAAUUCAACUACGAGUGUGCAUAAUUUGUCAAUAAUCUCACAAGUACAAGCGAGAAGCAAUGAGACUAUAGCAGAAUGUUCCGCAGGCUUCACUAAGCAACAAAUACAAAGAUUACUCUCAACUCACAAAAAAUCUAGCAGCACAAAAAAACACAAGUUUAAACUAGAUAGACCAAGCAUGAUCAUCAAAAAAGGUGGCUUAUUCAACAUUUCAAAUACUUCAAAAGCCGCUUUUAAUAUCUCAAACACUUCCAGCGAAAAUGGACUGUUCCGAUGCCAUUCUUCACCAAAUCUGUUUGAGAAUAAAGAAAAAAAAUAUGCUAAGAGGACUAGAAAAUUGUCGAUCAUGCAGGAAGGCAGUCCUUCUCGUUUAGAAGUCUCUGGUAUCAUGGGUUUGGAAGAGAAAACCACCCCAAAGAAGUUACCAAUUAUAGAUUUUCCGAAUUUUCCUAGACCACCUUUAGUCAUAGCGCCAGCGUCGCCACCGAAAGCUAAAAUUGUAGACAAUUUGAACGAAAAUAUAAAUAACUUUGAAAAUAAUAGCAUAGAAUCUGGUAAAGCGUCUAUGUGCUCAAAGAAAUCCUUAGUUAAUGAAAAUAAUACUCCAAUAAGCAAGAUUCCAGUGCCUAUAAAACAAACAAGCUCUAUAGAGAAGAUUAUUAAUAGAUUCAAAAAGGUACGCGCAAAUGUUUUCGCACAAGAUGCUAAAGAUGACGAGACAAAGACUAUAUAUGAAGAAAAAGAAAAUUUUAACGCAGUAAACGUAGACGUGUUUGCAGCAAAUAAGGUCUUAUUACCAGACCUAUUGAGUCCAAGUUGCAGUGUGCUAUCAAUGAAAGGGAGAGAAGAAGAAAAUAACUUUAUGGAGGAGAUUUGCGAUGACAUAGAAAAGACUGAAGGCAGGAGGCCUAGAGAGAGUUUAGGGACGGCAUUAGGUGUCGAUAACACGUUUUUAGACCAAUUCGAUCUAAUAGACUGAGCUUAUAUUUUAUGCACCAUGUUUUUGUUGGAUUCCGAUAAUUUCCUCUUACAUUUUCAGAAACGAAACGUGUAAGGGGGCGUCCAUUAAUUACGUGAGAGGUCUUUGAGUAGUUUUUGACCUUAAAAUCACUCAUAAUUCCUCGACUCGAAAUUCGGGAGUGAUUCCAAAGUACACAACGUUCGGGACGUAUUAAAGUCGUCGUCAAUAGAACUUGCAAAUAACGUAAACAAAACAUUUUACCUUCAUUACUUCUUAAUCUCGCUCUUUAAAAGGACAACCAUGACCUUAUCAACAGUAUAUAAUAGGUACUUAAAUAUUUUAUUUAUAUUAAGUUUUAGUUAAAUUAAAUUUUAAUUAUUAAUAUUUUAAUAUAAUAUAAAUAAUUUUAUCAUAUUAGUUAUAUGUCAAACGCUAACAAAAUCUGUCAUAUUUGUUUACAUUAUUUGCAAGUUCUAUUGACGACGACUUUAUGAAUAAAUAUGUAUAAAGUAAACCAAAUUAUAAAUAUGAAAUGGUUAUUAUAAAAAAAAAACUUAACUAUUGGCGCUUUUUUUCUUCAAAAUAUACUGCAAGUUAUAUGCAUGCACUGUUAACAUACAAAACGUUUCUAUGUAAGGAUUUUUCCUUAAAGUUAUCGGAAUCUAACAAAAACACACGUAAUAUGUGACGUUUUCAAUCAAAAGGUACCACAUUGUCGCUUACCAUAAGGACGAAAAUGCUUGUAUCUUUAUACGAAAAACCUGUCAGAGCGUCCUGAUGGCAAGCGACAAUGUGGUACCUUUUGCUUGAAAACGACACAUAUUGUCUUCGGUGGUAUUGGUUUCGGUUCGGUUUGGUUAUUUCAUGAAAAACACCUGUACAUAUUAGUUUAGGAACUACUGUUGCUUUGCAUGUUAUUUGUUAAUGAAUUUCUCAAUUAAUGUUAUACUUUAAUGAUGUGGCCUUUCGGCUAUUUAGGGUUGUCAAAAUUCAGGCCAUUAUCUUAUCUGUGGUCGUACACGAAAAGGAACCUCAAGUUGUGCAAACCCUAAUAAUUGCUGGGAGCAAUGCUGAGCCGAACGCAGCCGAGAAUACCGGAAAAGAGGAGUUUCGCACCCCUGCCAAUAGUGGACCUACUAUGAUAAUUAAUUGAAAGCUUUAUAUUACUAUGUUGCCUUAUACAUAUGGCGCAAUUUCUAUGAAAUGGGACCUUAUUGUCGAUGGCGCUUACGCCGCACAGCGUCGCGCGGCAUUGUAUUUAUAUCGGAGCAUCGUUUAUAAUGGCGUUUAUAGAAAAUAACAGAUGUGUCGUUUUCAAGCAAAAGGUACCACAUUGUCGCUUGCCAUAAGGACGCUCGACAGGUUUUUCGUAUAAAGAAACGAGCAUUUUUCGUCCUUAUGGUAAGCGACAAUGUGGUACCUUUUGAUCGAAAACGUCACAUAGCCUUAUUAGCUUGUUAAGGCUGUUUAUAGACUUGUAUAAAACUUCUACACUCUCCUAUAACUUAUUGCAUAAAAUACAGCAUUGCAUACUAAUACAUAAUCAUAGUGUAAGCAGUUGUUUAAUUAUGCUUCCUCUACUAGUAUUUUUUUUGACUAAUCAAAUC